AGUGAGGAGUCCGACUGGGACUACACGUUCAAUUACGUGACGUGCGAUUAUAGUGUCGGAGAGGACAUGCCAAGCAUUACUUAUGCCAUGGAAUGUCCGAAGGGCAACGAAAGCUUCACGAUCCAUAUGGCUAACAUAGGAGACACGUGGGUUUUAGUAGAGUUCGAAUGUUGGCAGGAAACCAUUUCUUUUCACCUUGGUCCACAUUCUAAUACCUCCAUAGAAGCCAUUUUCCACCAACGAAUCAACCCAAGGCAGAAAUAUCCGUCCGAUGCCUGUCUUUUUGAGGCCAUGCCCUACUUUCAAGAAGUUCGAGUAUACGCUUGGGAGUCGGACUACGACCUGAAGGAUGACAUUUUGCUGUGCGAUUUCAGUUUGGGCUCAGAAAUACCAGCCGUAAAUCACACCACGGACUGCACGCCAAAUGACCAUGGUUUGUUCACUGUUCAGUUGGUGAACAGUGGGGAUGUUUGGGUUUCAGUUGAACUUCACUGCCUAAACGGUAUGAUGAUGUUCAACUUGGAGCCUAGAUCUACCCUAUCCGUUUCCGCGGUCUUCAAUGAAUGGCUGAACCAAGAUCAAGUUUAUCCAGAAAACAGUUGUGCUUUCGAGGAUUGGAAACAAUAUCAAGAUCUCGUCAUUUAUAGUGAAGAGCCAGAUUUUGACAGCAGAACAGACACGCUGACUUGUCCUUACAGUGUUGGAAAAACCUCUCCAGCUGUGGAACAUUUCACCGACUGUGUAAUUGGAGAUGUUGAUCUUUUCAAAAUCAGCUUGCAGAAUGUUGGAGACGUUUGGGUGUAUGUUCAGUUGGAGUGUUCGAAUGGAUAUCAAGAAUACUUCCUCGAACCUCAAUCAAAUCGCACGGUUUUAGGUGCCCUAAAUACCGCCGAAGCCGUAGUUGAGGAGGUCUGCGUGUUCACGGAUGGAUCACCACCGCAUUUGCGCAUAUAUAACGAGGAGUCUGACUGGGACUCCUUUUCCUUCGAGAUACAUUGCAGACCGGAUGAACUAAGUGUAUCCGAUUGGGAGGCGGAUUACUCGUGGAGAAGACUGACCAAGCGCGACACGCACAGCUUGUGA